GUCAUGUGAUCCAGGGAGUAAAACAGCGCGUGACUGACAGUCACAUGACCAGCCCUGAGGAGUUAAACAUGGCGGCCGCAGGGAGUCUGCUGAGAGUGAUGACUGCUGCCCUCAUCAUCCUGCCCUCUGCCCGGGGCUGGGGGCUCGGGGAGACGGGUGCCAAGCAGGACUGGGACUACGUGUCUGUCAGGAGGGACGCCCACAUCUUCUGGUGGCUCUACUACGCCCAGCACCCCACCAAGAACUACACCGAGGUCCCGCUGGUCAUGUGGCUGCAGGGCGGUCCCGGAGCUUCCGGCUGUGGAUUUGGGAACUUUGAAGAGAUUGGUCCCUUGGACACGAAGCUGCUUCCCAGGAACACCAGCUGGGUUCAGGAGGCCAGUCUGCUUUUUGUGGACAAUCCUGUGGGGACGGGAUACAGCUACACGACAGAUGGCGGAGCCUUCGCCAAGGACAUAAACACUGUGUCCAGUGACAUGCUGGUCCUUCUGGAAGUGUUCUUCAAGUCUAAACCCGAAUUCCAGAAAACUCCUUUCUACAUCUUCUCAGAGUCGUAUGGAGGCAAAAUGGCGGCUGCAAUAGCACUGGCGCUACACAGCGCUAUCACAACCGGAAGUAUUAAGUGCACCUUUGGAGGAGUAGCUCUCGGUGACUCAUGGAUCUCUCCCAUUGAUUCAGUUCUGUCCUGGGGGCCUUACCUGUACAGUAUUUCUCUUCUGGAUGGCAAUGGGUUAAAGGAGGUUCAGGCCGCGGCCACCGCUGUCCAGGACGCCUUGGCUACCGGUCAGUUUAAACUGGCCACAGAGUUAUGGUCCAAGACUGAGGAUGUCAUUGAGGAGAACACAGACGGCGUGAACUUCUACAACAUCCUGAGCAAGGACUCGCUGAUGACCGGAAGCAGGAAGGAGGCAGAAUUCAGCAGCCCGUCUGUAGGACGACUCUUCCAGCGCCAUGUUCAGCCCCUGCACGCUGAUGAUCUGGAUGAGCUGAUGAAUGGACCAAUCAGAGCCAAGCUGAAGAUCAUCCCUGACUCCGUCCGGUGGGGAGGUCAGGCCGCUCUGGUGUUUGAGAACAUGGCCGGUGACUUCAUGAAGCCUGUGGUGGACAUGGUGGACGAGCUGCUGUCUGCUGGAGUCAACGUGACGGUGUAUAAUGGCCAGCUGGACCUCAUAGUGGACACUGUGGGUCAGGAAACUUGGGUGAAACAGUUAAAGUGGAAGAAACUUGACCGGUUCAGGAGCUUGCGCUGGAAUCCACUACGUCUGGAUGUGGAGGAGACAGCGGCUUUCUACAAGGUCUGGGACAACUUCAGCUUCUUCUGGAUCCUAAAGGCAGGUCACAUGGUUCCUUCUGACCAGCCGCUGACAACGCUGCGGAUGUUGAGGAUGGUUGUGAACCAGGUGUGAUCACAGGCUGUCACAUGGGCGUCGGGAUACUUCGCUGUGGACGGCCACUGGAUGGCGCCGCUGACGUUCGGAUAAUAAGUGGAAAGUUUUUAUUGUAACAAGAAAUAAUAAAAGUGAAUUUGUUUUCUAUGUAAA